UUAUAGAAUUAUAUACCUACGACUGAGUUGUCAUUUCAAACAUUUUUCACAAUUGUUGAUUUUAUAGUUUCUUUUAACUGGCCAAAGCCAAGGCAUCGCGAUAUAAGGACUCGGUUGUUGCUCACAGAACUUGCGAAAAUUUAGAGUAUUCAAUUUAUUACCAGAAAUCAUGGAGGGUUUCGAGUAUGUCGUCAACCCGCCAGUGCUGCCAAAAGUCGCCUUUGGCACAACUAUGGAUCGUGAGGUGAUGCCCACGAGCGGCCCCUUUAUGAAUAGCUUCAUGAGGUCACAAUUGCCGGAGGGACGUCCACAUCCCAGUCCACUUGAUUAUGACUGUGCGAAACCCAUUGGAUUUAAGUACCCUUCCAAUGCAGGUUUCUCAGCUUUGGCUAAUAAAAUGCCUCGUCUGCCCGUUGUCCGUGAACAAAUAAUUCCACCCAUGGGCACCUAUGAAGCCACGCCAUGGAUCCUCCGAGCGGGCUACACCUUUGAUAGGCAAGUGGUGCCAAAGCCAAAGUGGGUGACUCCAGGACCCUCAACGUAUUCGAUUCAUAAGAAAUAUCCGAAUUGGAAAAUGGAAACUGCUUUUGGGACAUGUCGCAUCAUCUGGCCAGCGGUUGCCAUCUUCUGUGGUCCUACUAAUGCAGCUCAAUGCAUAAUUUGUCACCAACGCCCUGUCGGCGAUUAUUUCCAUAGUUUUGCCAGCGAUAAGGAUAUGUGUCGGAAAUGUAUGCAUGCCGAGGUAUCGGCCAACAAACAAUGUAGCCUCAGUGUCACGGAACGCUUUAGGAAACGACGCGAGAUUAAAUUGUUUGUUCCUGCUCGAUAUUGUGGAUUCUUCCAUGAUCAUAACGGCACAAACGCCGCCGUCGAAUUGACUUCUCGUAAACAACUGCGAGACAAGAUCAAGACCGAAAAUUAUUUGUACCGCUUUGACAGCAAAGUAGAGUAAAAGCUGAAGAGAAUAUUGCUUAAUU